GCGGCGGCUCCGGCCGCCGGCGAGCCCAGGGCCGACUUCCAGAUCUUCGAGGACAAGGUGGUGCGCGACCGCACGGUGCUGUCCCGGCUGCGGCACUUCACCGAGUACCGCAUCGACAUCCACGCCUGCAACCACGCCGCCCACACCGUGGGCUGCAGCGCGGCCACCUUCGUCUUCGCCAGGACCAUGCCCGAGCUGCAAGCCGAUAACAUUCCCGGCAACAUCACGUGGGAGCCGGCCAGCAAGAACAGCGUCCUGCUGCGCUGGGAAGAGCCCAGGAACCCCAACGGGCUCAUCCUCAAGUACGAGAUCAAGUACAGCCGCGAGAGCGAGGUCCGGCUCCUCGGCGUCGUGUCCCAGGGCCAGCCGGCCUUGGUCAUCAUGGAGCUGAUGACACGCGGGGACUUGAAGAGCUACCUGCGCUCGCUCAGGCCUGACGCCGAGAACAACCCCGGGCUGCCGCCGCCGGCGGGCGAGAUCGCCGACGGCAUGGCCUACCUGCACGCCAACAAGUUCGUGCACCGCGACCUCGCCGCCCGCAACUGCAUGGUCUCCGAGGACUUCACCGUCAAGAUCGGAGAUUUUGGCAUGACCCGGGACAUCUAUGAGACGGAUUAUUACCGCAAAGGCGGCAAGGGGCUGCUGCCCGUGCGCUGGAUGUCCCCCGAGGCGCUCAAGGACGGCAUCUUCAACACGCACUCGGACGUCUG